AUGACCGCCAAAUCGGCGCCGGUUCAUAUCUUCCCCGGCAAAGGCCUGGGCUUUAUCACUCUCGGCGCUUCUCUACACAACGUUUUGACUCGAGUCAAGUCACAUCCUCAGACCUAUCCCGCGAUCGAUCUUGCUUAUUCGUCCUCCGAUCCUUUGCGCAACCCUGUUGUUCUCCAGUUACCCUCAAACGGGCUCCGCCUACGCUUCGACGGUCCGGACCAACGUUUGCGUCUGAUCGAGGUACUAGAUUUCUCUCGUGUGGACCUAGUAUACAAGAAUCAAGAUGUCUUGAAAGGUGGAAAGUCAACGGAGCAGCCGACAUCUUCUCAAGGGCCUAGCUUCCGUCAUGUCUACAACCGACUCUUCGGUCCAUCCUAUCCUGGUGAAUAUAUCUCUCCGCCGGAUCAGUCACCAUACGGCACCUAUGUGCUCUCAUACCCGGGGUAG